AUGCCUAUCGCAAUCAUGCACGGCGUCAACGGGGACUGGGCCGUGGACGAGCGGGGCAAGAAGCGGGUGUUCUGGACAGGCUACACCCUCGAUCGCCGGCUGAGCUGCUUGCAGAAACAAGUAGCUAAGGCGAGGAAGAUAGCCAAGGUAGCCGAAACCCGGACCUAUAAUGCUCAUAAACGGGUUUUUGCAGAAGCCGCAAAAGAGACCCGUAAAUGGAGGGUCUCGGGGGAAGUUGGGACGAAUAGAAGUAAUCGAUUCGGAGUAAAUUAG